UUAAAAAUAAAAUAUUUUUUUGCACUUUAAUUUUUCUAUCCAUUUUUUUUUUCCUGAAAGAGGACAGUAAGAGAAUCCCUCAGAUCUCCCAAAUUCCUCCGUGUCAUGGUCAUCUUCCAUCUUUGUUGAGUUGCAGAAAUGAGGUUCCGGUCGCAGCUUGAACAUCUGCUCUGAACUGGUCGCCGGCGCAAGCUGUGCCGGAGAUAGGUGGAGAUGUUCAAGUCAGGGAGAUGGAGGAGUGAGAAGAAUAAGGUGAAGGCGGAGUUUAAGUUGCAGUUUCAUGUCACUAAGGUGUCACACUCAGUGGUGGAUGCAUUGACGUUAUCCAUCGUUCCUGGAGAUGUGGGAAAGGCAACAGCAAGACUGGAUAAAGGCAUAGUUUGUGAUGGAUAUUGCAAAUGGGAAAAACCAGUUUAUGAAACAGUCAAGUUCGUGCGGGACACAAAAUCUGGGAAGAUCAAUGAGAAAAUCUAUUAUUUCCUCGUCUCGACGGGACGGGCAAAAUCUAAGGUGUUUGGGGAGGUUUCUAUCAACUUAGCUGAUUAUGCGGAUGCCACAAAACCUUCUUCCAUUUCGCUUCCCCUAAAGAACUCAACUUCUGAUGCAGUUUUACACGUUUUGAUACAGAGGUUGCAGUCUAAAAUUGAGCCAAGAGAGGUGGAGGAUUUUGAUGAUGCCAGCGUUAGAUCCCAGGAAACGAACUUGAAAUCAUUCUUGAGCAAUAGUGAAAUAGAUGAAUGCAAUAAAAACAAUUGUACUGAAGAUGAGCAGAUUGGCAAGAACCGUCAUGAUUUCGAACUGAACGGUAACUGUAGAGCAUCAAGUGGAUCUGAUAUUACAUUGUCAAGCUCUGAGAGCAGCUCUGGAUUUGAUACUCCACGAGAACAUAGAGCGAGAAAGAAUAACCAUCUUCAGCCUGUUAGUUUAUCUUCACUUCCGCAGAAAUCAGUGACAUUCCUUUCAACAACCACUGAUAAAGAGAAUCAGAGAUCACAAUCAAUGUGGUCCCUUGGUUCCGAUCAUGGAGUGAGCAUAGAUGAACCAUCAGAUGAUAUGCCUCCCAGAGAAAGGUCUGGAUUAGUUACGAGGUCUGAAAGAGAUGCAGAUAUUGAGAUUGAAAAGCUCAAGGCUGAGCUUGUUGGUUCUUCCAGACAGGCAGAAGUUUCAGAAUUGGAACUACAGACGCUUCGAAAACAAAUUGUCAAAGAAAGUAAAAGGGGUCAGGAUCUGUCCAAAGAAAUUGUCAUUUUGAAAGAGGAAAGAGAUUCACUCAGGGUGGAGUGCGAGAGACUCAAAGAGAAAUCCAAAACCAGCGUGGAAUUGGAGGAUAAGAAAACUGCGGCUCUUCUGGAAGAAAUGAAGGAAGAACUAAACCAGGAGAAGGAAUUAAAUGUCAAUCUUCGACUACAACUCCAGAAGACCCAGGAAUCUAAUGAUGAAUUGAUUCUUGCAAUGCGAAACCUAGAGGAAAUGUUAAAGCAGAAAAAAGGUGAAAACGUCCAUCUCUAUGACAGAUCAAGAUUUUCUGAGAAUGCUGAAGAGUUUUAUAAUUCUAUCUCGAAGUGUGAAUCUGAGGAUGAUGAGGAGCAGAAGGCAUUAGAAAAACUUGUUAAGCAGCAUAGUAAUGCAAAUGAAACAUAUCUUCUGGAACAAAAGGUUAUUGACCUAUAUAGUGAAGUAGAAUUCUACAAGAGAGAAAAGGAUGAAUUAGAAAUGCAUAUGGAACAACUAGCACUCGACUAUGAAAUACUGAAACAGGAAAAUCAUGGCAUGUCAUAUAAACUAGAGCAGUGUGAACUGGAAGAGAAACUCGACAUGAAUGAAGAAUGCACGCCUUCCGCUACCAUAGUAGAGCUGGAAACGCACAUAGACCACUUGGAGAGGGAGCUUAAGCAGCGGUCCCAAGACUUCUCUGGUUCUUUGAGCACCAUAAAAGAACUUGAAGCCCAUAUCCAGUCCUUGGAGGAAGAACUGGAGCAGCAAGCUGAAAAGUUUGUGGCUGAUCUAGAAGGAAUGACACGUGCCAAAAUUGAGCAGGAGCAAAGAGCCAUCCUAGCAGAGGAGGACUUGAGAAAGACAAGGUGGAGAAAUGCUGAUACAGCUGAGAGGCUCCAAGAGGAACUCAAGAGGCUUUCAAUGCAGAUAGCCUCGAUAUUUGAUGCAAAUGAGAAGGUAGCUGCUAAAGCAGUGGCAGAAUCUAUCGAGCUGCAACUGCAGAAAAUUCAAUUAGAUGAAAAACUUGCGUCUACUAGUAAAGAGCUUCAAUCCGUUAAGAACGAGUAUGAAGUAAAGCUCUGUGAACUCUCAAACGUGGUAGAGUUGCAAACAAGUCAGAUUGAACAGAUGUUGUUAGAACUUCAUACAAAGUCCAAGCUCCUUGACAAACAGGACACUCAAAAAGAGGUUUGCGAAUCUCUCUGUAGGGAGAUUUUCUCGCUCAAGUUUGAAAUUGAAAGGCUCACAACAGAGAAUAGGUCACUCAAGGAAAGCGAGAGCUGGAUCCAGAACAAAAACAUGGAAAGAAAUGAGCUGGUAUUAACCAUUGCUUUGCUUAUAAAAGAAGGCGAGAAGUUUCAAAACGAGUUAAAUAGAAUAAGGCAUCGGAAGGAUGAAUAUGAGGUAUCAAUGGGAUGUCUACAAACAGAAUUGGAGGUGCUCAGAGAUCACUUCAAUGACUUAAAACAUUCCUUGGUCGAAGGGGAGAUAGAGAAAGAUAAACUUAGACAUCUGGUCUCUCAAUUAAAUGAUGACCUAAAGAAGGUGAAAGAGUUCAACGGUGUCGACAUGCUCUGGUACAGCGAGGAACACAAAUCAGCCUGUGAUGGAAAUGGAGCUUUUACAGAAAAUAAGUCUGCUCCAGAAAGUAGCCCAAAGGAAGUCGCAGCUCUUAUGGAGAAAAUUGAGUUGCUUGAGAGACAGGUGAGCUUGAAAGAAGACGCCAUAGAAACUCUAGCAAGUAGAAUUUCAGAGAAGGCGAUGGAUUUUCAGCACACAAUUGAAGAGUUGGAGUGCAAAUUGGAAGACGCUGUUCCUACUAGCACAUAUCAAGAGGUAAAUAGGUGUCGAAGCAACAUGAAAAAGACCGAGGAUACAGUAGUUAACCAAGGCCAAAACACAAACUCUUCUUCAUCCGUAGAAUAUGGGAACCUCAUAUCAGUUGGGAGGAAUGAUAAAAUUUCAGCAGAGACAGAAUUGAAAGCCUGCAAACUUGACAACAGCGUUACCAAUUAUGACCAUUUUUCUACAGAAUUAGAAUUAUUAAGGGAAAGAAACAAAUUAAUGGAAAUUGAACUAAAGGAAAUGCAAGAGAGAUAUUCAGAGAUAAGUCUCAAGUUUGCAGAGGUAGAAGGUGAAAGACAACAGCUUGUAAUGACUCUUCGUAGUCUUAAAAAUUACAAGAAGAUCUAGUAAUUAUUUCGUAGUACAGAAAAAAAGUAGCGUGAUACCACACAAGACAUUAUGUUAGAGUAAAUAAAUAAUUUGUUUGUAAAUUAUAUAGCCCCCUCCUCCACCAAAAAAAGAUGAGAAAAAAAAAAAGGCAAAAGCAACGGGAAUCCAGAAAUGUCCUCAUCUGGACAUGAUCUGUCCGAGUGAGUCAAAUAUUUUUGGUCUGUUGAGCUUUUCUUUAUUUAUUUUUAAAUUCUGUAAUUAUUUUCCCGAGCUUGUCAUGAAAUACACGAGUUUUUUUUUU